CCCCACCCAGCGCCUCGCUCGACUUCAACCCCAAGCAUUCCAUUCCUUCCAGUACCUUCUCCCCGUCCCCUUCCUCUCCCUCCCUAGUCGCCCCCAAGUCCCCACGACCCCGACCCCGGCCGCUAAGCAAACUCACAAGUCCCAGACCGAUCGCCGCAGAAGAUCCCGCGAUGCAGGCCCCAAGUCCGCCGGCGCCGUCCUCCUCCGUCGACCUGCCGCUGGCGGCGGCGCCGCCGCCGGUGAAGGCGCCGACGCCGCGGCCCCCGCCGCCGGCGUCGCUGCAGCCGGAGUCCCCGGGCGUCUUCUUCUCCGCCGCGGCCGCCGCCGCGCCGCUGGGCACCUCGCACCGCCGCAUCGCCAUCGCCGUCGACCUCUCCGACGAGUCCGCCUACGCCGUGCGCUGGGCCGUCGCCAACUACCUCCGCCCCGGGGACGCCGUCAUCCUGCUCCACGUCCGCCCCACCUCCGUGCUCUACGGCGCCGACUGGGGCGCCGUCGACGUCUCCCUCCCCAACCCUAGCAACGCCGCCGCUGCCUCCGAGGACGACGACGACGACUCCGAGGCCGCCGCGGCCGCGAGCAGGAUGGACGACGACUACGACGCCUUCACGGCCUCCAAGGCCGACGACUUCGCCAGGCCGCUCAAGGACGCCGGAAUCCCCUACAAGAUCCACAUCGUCAGGGACCAUGACAUGAAGGAGCGCCUCUGCCUCGAGGUCGAGCGCCUCUCGCUCAGCGCCGUCAUCAUGGGGAGCAAGGGCUUCGGCGCCGCAAGGAGGACCAGCAAGGGCAGGCUCGGCAGCGUCAGCGACUACUGCGUCCACCACUGUGUCUGCCCCGUUGUCGUCGUGCGCUUCCCUGAUGACGGCUCCGCCGAGGCUGGGGAGGCCGGUGGAUUUUCUGCCGCGGUUGGUGCUGAGGAUGUGCUGCACCCUGUGCUGGAGGAGGAGGCCGAGUACCAUGACGCUGCUGAGGAGCACAAGGAUACUUGACCUCGAUGAUGCAUUGUGAAGUGAAGCCCUCUCGGAUUCAGCAUGUAAAGGUUCUAGUAUUGGACUGUUGGCUGGGUGCUAGCUGGGAUUUCUGCUUGAGUGCAUGUGAUGUUUCCUGAACUUCCAUUACCCGUGUGUAUCCGUGCUUUCACUUUGUUUGUAUCUUCUGUAGUUCUGUUACCUUUGUUCAUGUAGCUUGUCUGACUUCCACUGCCUCGUGAAUAUCUGUCUGAACGUUUGUAGUUAAUUUGCAUUGCACUGUGUUUCUGAUUACAAAUUAACCACUUCUGUAGAACCAACUAAUCAAGUGUGCAAAUUCCUCCCCUUUUUUAUUUGCUUUA